GGCUGCAGCACCAGCCGCCAGCGCCGCCGGAGCCGCAACCCCCGGCUCAGCCUCCCCCCGGCCCUGCCGCGGCUGCUGCAGUCAUGGCUGCUGAUGGGGCAGACGAACGCUCUCCGCUGCUGUCAGCAUCCCAUUCGGGAAAUGUCACUCCCACCGCCCCGCCGUACUUACAGGAGAGCAGCCCCAGAGCGGAACUCCCACCUCCAUAUACAGCCAUUGCCAGUCCAGAUGCCAGUGGUAUUCCAGUAAUCAACUGCCGUGUGUGCCAAUCUCUUAUCAAUUUGGAUGGCAAGCUUCACCAGCAUGUGGUUAAGUGCACAGUUUGCAAUGAAGCUACACCAAUCAAAAACCCCCCAACAGGGAAGAAAUAUGUUAGAUGCCCUUGUAAUUGUCUCCUCAUUUGUAAGGACACAUCUCGGCGAAUAGGAUGUCCCAGACCCAACUGUAGACGCAUAAUUAACCUUGGUCCAGUAAUGGUUAUUUCAGAAGAGCAGCCAGCUCAACCUGCAUUGCCAAUCCAACCAGAAGGAACCAGGGUUGUGUGUGGGCAUUGUGGAAACACAUUCCUGUGGAUGGAACUGAGGUUCAACACUCUGGCAAAAUGCCCACACUGCAAAAAAAUCUCCUCAGUGGGUAGCGCACUUCCGCGAAGACGCUGCUGCGCAUAUAUCACCAUUGGAAUGAUAUGUAUUUUCAUUGGAGUUGGAUUAACUGUUGGCACCCAAGAUUUUUCAAGGCGAUUUCGGGCAACAUAUGUUUCUUGGGCAAUUGCUUAUCUCUUAGGUUUGAUCUGCCUUAUCCGAGCUUGUUAUUGGGGAGCCAUAAGAGUGAGUUAUCCAGAACACAGUUUUGCUUAAGCUUAUGUAUGUAUGAUUCAGUUAUGCAAGUGAGAGUAUCUAGCAGUUCUAGAAAGCGACUCUGGACAUCUUUAAAUCAUUUAUCCUGAUGGAUUCCAUUCUGGUUUAUGUAUAAAGUUUUAAGACUUUGGGAGUCCUUUAUGAACAACUGUUCAUUGCUCUACAUUAUCUGCAAAUAGUUUGUUUUGCUCCUAGGUCUAAAACUCCAAAUAAUAAAGCUGUGCCCUCAUGUUCUUUUACAUUUCUUAAAGCUAUUUUUGGUUUAUCUCUAAACAUUACAUGUAACAUUAUUUUUUCAUCAUUUUUAAAUCAGAUAUUUCAUUACUUGCUGACCUGUGAGUAUUCCCAAAAAGUGUUUCUCAAUGUUUCUACAGUAGCUUCACGUUUCUACUUACAUUUUAAUUAAACAGUAUCAAAAUUGCUUGCUUUAAAAUCUAAGCAAUAUGCAUUUUGCUUGAACUGCUUACUGUAACUUUAACCUAAGAUCAUAAUGACCUAAUUCAGGAAAAAAAAAUUGAGUGUACCCUCAAAGACUUAACAUUCUUGUCAGAUAAAAACCAUUUCUAAAUAGUGUAUGCUUGUUUUUUGUUGUUUGUAGAAAGAUACAAUAUUUUGGUAGUAAUUUAAAAUACAAGAAUGAAAAUAUUUAUUUGUCCACAGCUGGAGAUAAUGUUGGAUAAAUGUUUUUUCUCAAAGAUCACAGGACUUUUGUCUUUCAUUUUUGUCUAUUUUUUUCUUUACCGGUUAUGAGUGUUCUAUAAUAGAUUUAUGAAAUUUAAUGUUAAUCAGCAGUGUGUAAUCCUUUGUAGAGCCUGGAAGAAAUAUUUCACAUAUGUGUUUUAUAGUAAUUAACCAUUUAAAAAAAAAGCUAUCUUUACAUUGGGUUGUACGCCUUUUCAUUAGAUCAUGGCAGAUUUUCUUUAUUGGGAUAAUUAUGGACUACUCUGUGAAGGGAGACAUUUUACACUAGCUAAAAUGUUGAUAUUAGAGAUAGUUACUAUUAAAAAUUCUUUUGAAAUGUAGCUGGUCAGAUAAUUACCCAAUAUUCAAGAAAAUAAAUCAGAAACAAAAACAACAUAGUUUUCUAAGAAUUCACUACAAUUUAAGGAAUCAGCUCUUACACUGCCCAUCUUUGCAGUUUUGAAAAAGAAAUUGCUUGAGAAGUAAUGUUCUAAAGGCUUUAAUGUAGCAGAAUUAGAAAAUGAGAUGAUCUGAGUAAAUUAAUUGGCUAUUUCAGGGAUUAAUAAUAAUAUUUUAAAUGAUUUAUGUUCCUAGUUGUUAUAAAAAUGUAUUCAUUGGAGAGUUUGGAGCAAAAUACAUGUAGACUUCGAAGAGUCAAUGAUAAAUAUAUAAAUGCAGUAGCUCAGGAUUAUAUGUACCUUUGAAAACACACUAAUAAAGAUUAUUGUUCAAAA